UUCUCGAUCUUGUCUACACAAAACGACCCAUCUGAAGAGAGGCCAGGAGUUUAUUGUCGGCAAGCAGAACGGAUCCUCUUUGCCCCGCCCCUGCGUCCUGACGUCACUGCCGCGUGUCUAUUGUGACUGGCAUGUCCAAGCGCCAAUAAGAAUCAAGCCUCACCGUGUUUACAACCAAUCAGAAAUGAUGCGACUGAAUUCUGAAUCCCAAACGGCUCCCUAUUGGAUAUGUAGUGCACUACACACCGCGCGAGCGCCGAGCUGGUGUACAAGCUCUGUAGUGCCCUGUGUAGUGGACACGAAUGAUUUUGGGACACAGUCUGGGAUUCUGUCCGGGUCCGGGUUCGGUUGAACCCAAAAAAAAAAACAAAAUCCGUGACAGCUCGCGUGCAGGAGAUGAUGAGGGUGAAUUAAAAGCCGCAUCCAGAGCGCGAGCUGAGAGCGAUAGAGAGAGACGGAGAGACCCCACAGGGAGCUCCGGCCGCGAGUCUCUCUCGGGUUCACAGGGUUUAUCCGCAGCAACAUGGCGAGACUCUAAACUUUACAUUUUUGUCCUCGCUGGUGUUUUCUACAGCGGAUCCCGGAGUUUAAUCCGAGCUCGAGCUCCCCGUGCUUUUGUGUCUGUGUGAAGGGUAAAAACUAAAGUUGCAGUGAGCGGACUGAGUCCCCGCCGCGGUGAGGGUGAAGCCCGGGCUCAGUGUGUGUGUGUGUGUGUGUGUGUGCUGGCGCAGGAACUCUCAACACUCAAGUUUUACUGCCUGCUCAUUCUUUCGGCUGGGGCUGAACAGCGCUCUUUGUUCUGAGGUAAGUACUGCUGGAUGCUAGGCUAGCUCACUAGCUUAGCCUGAUUAGCAUUAGCCUACCGGCAUUUCGCGAGCGCGACUCGCUAACUUCUUCUUCUCAGUGAAAUAAUCGCAAACAUGAGGUAAAUUUCCCCGCAGUUAAUGUUAAAGUGUGAGUUGGUGACGUUGUGAGGUAGUUUUAUAAACAGUGUGCGCUGAGGGGAGACAUAACGCGCACAUCCUGGAGUUCUGCUCCGAGAUACAGUGAUACAGUGAAAUAUCGCGAUACUUCAGCGGCUCGAAAUCACUUCGGUGGGACUCAGGUUAUUGUUCCCCCCCUGUGCCCCGUGGCAGAACCGGACCGGAAGCUCCAGGUGAGGAGUAAAGUCCUGACUCUGGUACUGGUUAUGAGGCAGACUCUCCUUACCUAGUGUGUGUGUGUGUGUGUGUGUUUGAGACUCAGUUCAAUAUCAGCUCUUUAACACCACACUGUUCUGAUUCUGUCUUGUCUGAUGACCUAGACGAGACCCGGACCCUUGCCGCCGGUUGUUGUGUGACCCCAUGUUUGCGUUUUGUCGCUGCAGUGUGACGCGGGGCCGCCGCUGAUGACGAGAUCUUCGUCGUGAGGUCAUGAUGCUCUGUGCGCGCUCCAUCACAGCUUUAUGAGUCGACCUUCAGGAGCUCCGGUCCCGUCAUGCCGCAGCGCUGUGACUCCUGAGGGCUGAUGCGCGUGUGGGAGCGAUGGAGCGCUGCAAGCAUGUGGUCCGUCUGCGUGUAGGACAACACCACUCCAUCCUGAACCCUCAGAAAUGGCGCUGUGUGGACUGCGACACCACAGAGUCCGUGUGGGCGUGUCUCAAAUGCUCGCACGUGGCUUGCGGUCACUAUAUCGAGGAGCACUCGCUGAAGCACUACCGCGAGACUCAGCACCCACUCGCCAUGGAGGUGCGAGAGCUCGACGUGUUCUGCUUUGCGUGUGGCGACUACGUUCUGAACGACAACGCUGAGGGUGACCUGAAGCUCCUGCGUGGGGCACUGUCCACCAUAAGGGACGUUGGGCGUCGCUCCAUGCGCUCAGCAUCGUUGUUAUCGCCGAACUCUUUGAGCGGGGAGGGGGCGGGGCUUUUGCACGCCGCGCUCAGACACCGGCGGCGUGUGCUGCUCGUGAGCGCUUUCCAGCGCUGGAGGACGCGGCAACAAGAGGUGCGGAAAAAACUGCAACAGGAGAAGGAGGAGCUUCGGCGGCAACGUAAGGAAAUGAAGAAGAGGAUCAUGGGAGACGACGGUAAUGCGCCGCCAAGAAAAAGCGCACGUCUCCUCACGCAGGCGCCGCGGCCACUGAUCACGUUGAUUCCCAGAAAAUUUCGAGACCUGCCUGAAAGAGCGCCGCUUCCCAGCAAGACUCUGUCAAAGAAUCCCAGGAAGGCGCUCCGUACUGUGAAAUCGGGCAUGACGGGAAAGCGGGCCGCCUCGUCUUUUCUGUUAGCGCGUCGCAGGCGUCUGGCGCCGGGCGUCACAGGACUGCGUAACCUAGGCAACACAUGCUACAUGAACUCGAUCCUACAGGUGCUGAGCCACUUGCGGAAGUUCAGGGAGUGUUUCCUCGCGCUGGAUCUGUGCGAGACGGAGCAGCUGCUGCUGGCGAAAACGCAAGGCAUGAUGGGAGGAGAGAAACCGGCGCAGCCCAAAGACCCUCGCUCGUCGUCUUUGUCCGGCCAGCAGGUGUCUCUGUGCCAGGAGCUGCACACACUCUUCAGGGUGAUGUGGUCGGGACGCUGGACGCUGGUGUCUCCCUUCGCCAUGCUGCACUCCGUGUGGAACGUCAUCCCGGCGUUCCGUGGCUGUGACCAGCAAGACGCGCAGGAGUUCCUGUGUGAGCUGCUGGAUAAGGUGCAGCAGGAGCUCGAGGCCGAUGGGGGCUACGGCGCCAAACGGCAGCAUACGCGCACGCGCAUCGUCAUUCCCAUCACGCAGAGGAAGCUCUCCAAGCAGGUGCUGAAGGUCCUCAACACCAUCUUCCACGGCCAGCUGCUCAGCCAGGUGACGUGUUUGUCGUGUAAGCGGAAGUCGAACACUGUGGAGCCGUUCUGGGAUUUGUCUCUGGAGUUUCCUGAGCGUUAUCACAGCGUGGCUAAACUGAGCCAGGCGUCGUCUCAGAGCUGCUCUCUCACCGAGAUGCUGAGCAAGUUCACAGAGACCGAGGCUCUGGAGGGACGCAUCUACAACUGUAACUACUGCAACAGAAAAAGACGCAAGUCGUCCUGCAAGCCGCUGGCUCUGUCCGAGGCGUGUAAACAGCUGCUGAUAUAUCGUUUACCUCAGGUGCUGCGGCUUCACCUUAAACGCUUCCGCUGGUCGGGCCGGAACCACAGGGAGAAGAUCGGUGUUCACGUGGCAUUUGAUCAGGUCCUGAACAUGGAGCCAUACUGCUGUUCUGACGCAUCGCAGCUCUUCACUUACGACCUCUCUGCAGUAGUGAUGCAUCAUGGGAAAGGCUUCGGCUCAGGACACUACACCGCCUACUGCUACAACACGGAGGGGGGUUUCUGGGUCCACUGUAAUGACUCUGAGAUGAACGUGUGUAGUGUGGAGGAGGUCUGCAGCACUCAGGCGUACAUCCUGUUCUACACACAACGCUCAUCGUGAAGACACUCAACAAACACACACCUGUGUGCAACACUGACUGAACAACCCAACCUGUGUGUGUGUGUGUAUAUAUGUGUGUGUGUGGCGGGGGGCGGGGGGACGGGACAUGCGUAUCCCAGCCAGCACACUUCUUCAGGUCAGGCUUAGCUCUAUUUAGGUAUUUUACAUCAAAGAUGAGGUUCCUCACUCCUGGCACUUUUCAACUGCCGCAGAACCGGACCCAGACCCAGACCCAGACCCGACGCCUCCCACCACAGAACAGCUGUGAGCGUUCACAGGGGGCUGCAGAGCGACUUCUCGUUUCGUUCUUAUCAUUUUUUUUUCCUGGACGUUACUAGUGAUGUCAUAGUGAUGUCAUACCCUCCCAGCAUGCACCUGGCUCAGGCAGGAGUGUGAGUGAGCUGUAAGUAACGACUGAACACACCAGCAAAACCCACCUGUUGAGCGUUAACACACACACACACACACACACUGUCCGUGUGUACGCAUCUUGUAGCAACCGCUUCAGAGUUCAAGGUUGUCUUUGUAUGACCCUGUGUUGCCGUGGCAACAGCAGGCCUGAGCAGCUACACGUUCGUUCUGCUCAAAGUCUGUGGAAAAGUCGCAUCAGCUCUAACCUCAAGUUUGAUUCUGAUCUCAGAGAUUUUCUACACACACACACACACACACACACACACACACACACACACACACACACAGUGUGUGUACUCACCCAGGGCAUUCAGGACCAGCGUCCUCACACUGGAGCUUCAGGAACACAUCAACACGCACCACACUGCCGGAAGGACGAGCACAGACGGGGAGACGGAGGGGCGCAGACGUCCGGAUGCUGGCGCCCUCCCCCAUCCCUGUGCUGUGCAGGUUUACUGCAGGACUGAGACAACUGUCUGGAAGAUUCCAUCAUCAAACUUCUCACACACUCCAAUCAGGAAUAGCUCAGCUUUGUAAUACGGUUCUUCUUUUCUACUGUGGUUUCUAACGUGUAUAGUGAACUGUGUCUGCUGGGGGCGGGGCUACCUCCACCUGGGAAUCGAAGGGGAGGGUCACCUGCCCCUGAGACUCUCAAUGGGAUUGGGAUUGGAGGUGAGGGUGGGUGGGGCAUUAAGGGUUCAUGGGGACAUUUACUUUUAGUCAGUUACUGACCAGAACAAUCUGAUGACCAUGAAUGUCUUUCUUCUGUUUUUUUUUGUUUUUUUUUGUGUGUGUGUGUGUGUGUGUGUGUGUGUGUGUGUGUGUGUGAGAGAGAGAGAGAGAGAGAGAGAGAGUGAGUUUGUGUAGGACUUCAGGGGUUUUACUGUGACCUCUGACCUCAUGACCUUUUGUUCUGUAUUGUGGAGCACCAGUUAUCAACUUUAUUGAUCUGGGUUUGGCCUGAUAGCGAUUAAAAUUAUUACAACACGA